AUGGCCUACAGAACAGAUGUUAAACUUUACACCUCCAGACACUUAAAUCAUAACAAGCUUUAUAACAUCUCUCUACUUCCAGCACAGGCUGAAUCUUCCUGCCCUAACAACAGACGUCCACAGUCAUCUGUGACCGGUGUUGGUGCCUCAUCAGAUUUUUCUACUCCACUGGAAAUGUUAAAGUUGAAAGCGCUUAAAAAGAAAGUAGAGGAGGGAACUGACAGACUUCGUAUGCAUCUCAAAAGAGAUGAGUUAAAUGUGUCAGAGAUUAUGGUGCUGGAAAACAAACCAGUUAAGAACAGCCGACACUGUGUUGUGGAGCUUGCCAAGGAGGAAUACCAGUUCAUACCUUCAUACUUGGCUGGUGUAACUAAAACUGAACAGUUUAACAAGUUCCUCCAUUUCCAGGAGUUCAUAGCAAAGCAUGAACUGUUACAGAAUGAUUUCACAGGGAGCAAAGUAUCAGAGCAGCAUGAAAGAAAGCUGGCUAAG